AUGUUCGUCACGGAAACCAGUGGAGGACUACCAAAAUUGCCUCAGAGUGCGUUCUCAGACGUGUUUUUAUUCAAUCCCACCCGCGACGUACAGUAUGCCCGGGUUUUGGCAAAAGCUGAAAAAGCGUUGUCCCUUGCGUUGAAGGCGAUGCCCGACGCAGCGAUAUGUUGGCCGACGUUUGAUCAGCAAGUGGUUUGGGCUCAGGCAACGGAAGCCCGUGAGCCGCUUGUUACGGGAGUUUUUGCAUUCGUGGAUGGGAAAAAUCUCCCUGUUCGGGAGCCGUCGUCGUCGGAUUUACAAAAUGCUCAUCAUCAGGGCAAGUGCAACUUCGUCUUCAUCCGUCACCUUGCUCCGCGGCAUCUUGUACCGAUUGUCCCCUUUGGCCUCGAUGAUAACUUGCAUAACACGCUGGAGAGUCUUGCUGUCACAUUGGCGACGCCACUGGCAGCCUUCGUGGCCUGCCCUCGCUUGAAGAUUCGCCAGCCGGUCGUUGGAUUGACGCCAUACGUGGAGCAAACUGCGUCCAUGGUGUCGCGACUGAGCUUGCCGUUUAUGGAUUUCUCCAGUAGAUCUUGA